AUGCCCGUUCAAUUACUGCCGGCUUCGGCUGCCGCUUUCGCACCCCGCGCCUCAUCAGUCAAUGUUGUCCUAGGAUCCAAGGUUGAGCCCUGGUUGACGCAGACCCUCAAGCGCAUCAACCGAGUCAAGCGCCCACUCAACAGCGUCCCUCAACAUCAACGCUGCUUGACGGAGACCUUGUCGUCAUCGAAUGCCAUCUGGACACUCACUUCCCUCAUGCUGCCCAAGCUACCCGAGGCGGACAUGCCUACCGAUCCAGAUGAGGCCAUGUUCAGCCACCAGCUCAUUCAUGUCGAGGCCUACAUUGUCCAUGUCGACAUGGUCUUGCGCAGCGAAGUCGCCUACAAGCUCACCAAGGACACUAUCGAGGCGCUUGUGGAGUACCACAAGGAGAUUCACUGCGUCGACACCAAAGCCAACACCCACGACUGGCCCGACAAGGACCAACAGUGCAAGAAGCUCCACGAGGACUUUGUUCAGGCUAUCAACAAGUUUGUGUACCGAACCCAUGUGUCUGCGCUCGAAGGUCUCGAGGAGGAAGGCGCUGGCGAGCUUCUUUGUGGAAAAAGCGAUGAGGUUAAGAUCCAGCUCGGAAAUCUCAUGAAGCCGCUUCUGCCACCGCCUUCUCGCGCCAUCGACGUUGUCCGCCAGCCUCCCCUGCUGCCCAGCUCGCCGGCCGCCAACAUGUGGCCCCAGUCUUCCGUCAACGGUGGUCUUCCUGCCGUGGAUGCUUGGAGGAUCUUGCCCUCGAGCCCAAGUGUGACCUCGACGUCUGCCGAGUCCAACACGAGCCCCAUCUGGGCUAACAUGGGAAUGAGCGAGUGCCAGUUGCCGUCUCCCACGCACGCAUACAGUCCGCCUCACACCACGGCUGGAUUCUACUUCGGCUCACCACAAGUGACGGCUCCCAUGCCCUCUCUACCUCUCCCCAGCAUGUUUGCACCAGCUCAAUGUGGUGUGAGCGUGGGCAUGGGCAUGGGCAUGGGCAUGAACAUGGGCGGCUUUGGCUGGGAUCGCUACAACGACUUCGCGGCCAUCAUUUGA